AGCGCUGAGUAAGCCGAGGUGAGUGACCUCGCAGGUGGGCGGGGCCUGGGUUCCCUUCCCCAACCUCCUCGGCGCCCCGGACACCGACGUCUCCGCCGGGCCCUCCUUUGGAUCGCCGGGCCCUCCUCGUGUCGCCGAUUCUGAGGUCCCUCCAUGCCCAGGAUCUGGGGACAACGCUGGUGAGGAGCCAUCUGGGUGUCUGUGCAGGAAACCGCUGCAGUUGGUGAGGUGGGCAUGGGAGACCGCACCCAGCUGACCAGAGACCUUGUUUUCUUCCAGACUGAGGGGGAAGGUGGUGGGGCUUCCCCACCCGCCCCGCAGAAGAUGCAGUUCCUCGGCCGCCUGGUCAAUACCCUCAGUAGCGUCACCAACUUGUUCUCUAACCCAUUCCGGGUGAAGGAGGUGGCUGUGGCCGACUAUGCCUCGAGCCGCCGGGUUCGGGAGGAAGGGCAGCUGACCCUGUUCCAGAACGCUCCCAGCCGCACCUGGGACUGCGUCCUCGUCAACCCCAGGAACUCACAGAGUGGAUUCCGACUCUUCCAGCUGGAGGUGGAGGCCGAUGCCCUGGUGAACUUCCAGCAGUAUUCUUCCCAGCUGCUGCCCUUCUAUGAGAGCUCCCCACAGGUCCUGCAAACUGAGGUCCUGCAGCACCUGACCGACCUCAUCCGCAACCACCCCAGCUGGUCAGUGGCCCACCUGGCCGUGGAGCUUGGGAUCCGUGAGUGCUUCCAUCACAGCCGCAUCAUCAGCUGUGCCAAUAGCACAGAGAAUGAGGAGGGGUGCACUCCCCUGCACCUGGCCUGCCGCAAGGGCAAUGAGGAGAUCCUGGUGGAGCUGGUGCGGUACUGCCACGCCCAGAUGGAGGUCACUGACAACAAGGGAGAGACUGCCUUCCAUUAUGCUGUCCAGGGUGAAAAUUCCCAGGUGCUGCAGCUCCUCGGAAAGAACGCAGUGGCUGGCCUGAACCAGGUGAAUAACCAAGGGCUGACCCCGCUGCACCUGGCCUGCCAGCUGGGGAAGCAGGACAUGGUCCGCGCGCUGCUGCUGUGCAAUGCUCGCUGCAACAUCAUGGGUCCCAGCGGCUACCCCAUCCACUCCGCCAUGAAGUUCUCUCAGAAGGAGUGUGCGGAGAUGAUCAUCAGCAUGGACAGCAGCCAGAUCCACAGCAAAGACCCCCGUUACGGAGCCAGCCCCCUCCACUGGGCCAAAAACGCAGAGAUGGCCCGCAUGCUGCUGAAACGGGGCUGUGACGUGAAUGGCACCAGCUCCGCAGGGAACACGGCCCUGCACGUGGCGGUGAUGCGCGACCGCUUCGACUGUGCCAUGGUGCUGCUGACCCACGGGGCCAACGCAGAUGCCCGCGGUGAGCACGGCAACACCCCGCUGCACCUGGCCAUGUCGAAAGACAAUGUGGAGAUGAUCAAGGCCCUCAUUGUGUUUGGAGCAGAAGUGGACACCCAGAAUGACUUUGGGGAGACUCCUACACUCCUAGCCUCCAAGAUCAGCAAACUUGUCACCAGGAAGGCGAUCUUGACUCUGCUGAGAACUGUGGGGGCCGAAUACUGCUUCCCACACAUCCAUGGGGUCCCCACGGAGCAGGGCUCUGCAGCACCACAUCACCCCUUCUCCCUGGAAAGAGCUCAGCCCCCACCGAUCAGCCUAAACAACCUAGAACUGCAGGAUCUCAUGCACAUCUCUCGGGCCCGGAAGCCAGCCUUCAUCCUGGGUUCCAUGAGGGACGAGAAGCGUAGCCACGACCACCUGCUGUGCCUGGAUGGAGGAGGAGUGAAAGGGCUGGUCAUCAUCCAGCUCCUCAUCGCCAUCGAGAAGGCCUCGGGUGUGGCCACCAAGGACCUGUUUGACUGGGUGGCGGGCACCAGCACUGGGGGCAUCCUGGCCCUGGCCAUUCUGCACAGUAAGUCCAUGGCCUACAUGCGCAGUGUGUACUUUCGCAUGAAGGAUGAGGUGUUCCGGGGCUCGAGACCCUACGAGUCAGGGCCUCUGGAAGAGUUCCUGAAGCGGGAGUUCGGAGAGCACACCAAGAUGACGGACGUCAAGAAGCCCAAGGUGAUGCUGACAGGGACACUGUCUGACCGGCAGCCAGCUGAACUCCACCUCUUCCGGAACUACGAGGCUCCAGAAACUGUCCGGGAGCCUCGUUUCAACCAGAACGUUAACCUCAGGCCUCCAACUCAGCCCUCAGACCAACUGGUGUGGCGGGCAGCCCGAAGCAGCGGGGCAGCCCCCACUUACUUCCGACCCAAUGGACGCUUCCUGGACGGCGGGCUGCUGGCCAACAACCCCACUCUGGACGCCAUGACUGAGAUCCAUGAGUACAAUCAAGACCUGAUCCGCAAGGGUCAGGCCAACAAGGUGAAGAAACUCUCCAUCGUUGUCUCCCUGGGGACAGGGAGGUCCCCACAGGUGCCUGUGACCUGUGUGGAUGUCUUCCGUCCCAGCAACCCCUGGGAACUGGCCAAGACUGUUUUUGGGGCCAAGGAACUGGGCAAGAUGGUGGUGGACUGUUGCACGGAUCCAGAUGGGCGGGCUGUGGACCGGGCCCGGGCCUGGUGCGAGAUGGUCGGCAUCCAGUACUUCAGAUUGAACCCCCAGCUGGGGACGGACAUCAUGCUGGAUGAGGUCAGCGACACAGUGCUGGUCAACGCCCUCUGGGAGACCGAGGUCUACAUCUAUGAACACCGGGAGGAGUUCCAGAAGCUUAUCCGGCUGCUGCUGUCACCCUGAGGGCCUCCGGCCUUGCACCAUCCCAGCUGACCUCGUCCACUCAGCCCCUGCUGUGGUACCCAGGCCAGGCCCACCCACUGCCCUCCCAGGCAGAUCUGGGCCCAGGCAGCUCUGCGUCCAUAGACCAGGCCUGGGAGGGUCCCAAGCUGCCUGCCUGAGCUGGUCCUGGAGGCCACUCUCCCUCAAGCCCCUGUUCCAGCACUUCUGUCAUUUCAGGCUGGGAAAGUCUGGAGCCCCCAUUGGCCCCUUUUCCCGACUGUAUAAGACAGCUGACUCCCCCAUCAGCUCAAACACUACGGGUACCCGGGUGCAGCCAUACCCUGCCCCAGCCCGAGCCUCCAGCAAGGGCACUCCCAGGCUUCCUGGUGGGUGCAACCCACUCCCUCUGCCCUCUGCCCUGUUCCCAGGAGUCUGGAGCUAGAAAAACAUGGUGCCCCCACCCCAUCAGCCAGGAAAGCCCAGGCCGCAGGAGCGGGAUGCCCGUUGGACUUUGCUCCUCACUCUGACCCAGCCCCUCAGCUGCCGAACCCCAAGAACUCUCAGCUCUCAAAGGUCACUCUGUGGGGAGCUUAUUCUUCCCAAUGGAAGUGGCUUACGAGCCAAAACCCUGAAAUAAACCAUUUGGAUUCAAAUGCA